AUAAAAACAGGUGAUUCGGCGACGAAGGAGGCGAUUCAGCGACGGCCGUUUAGGUUACACGAUUUCGACGGCAACGAAAGGUUUUCCGGCGACUCCUCUGUGGUGGUGUUAGGGUUUAUUACCGCAUGUUCCGGUUUCAACGAUGGUGUCGCGGGAAGUAUUACUAUCGUUGUUUCCGUCUUUCGAGAACGAUUUCUGGAGAGAGUACAUGAUUUCCGAUAUGGCUUCAGCUAGUGGCUCAAAGGAUUAUCCCCAAAGAUUAUACCCGGAAGGCAGAUCUCCUUUGAUGAACAAGAGUUUUCAUCAUAACUGCAAGGUUCAUGAGUUCAUCUUCUUGAUUAGGGAUCAGCUUGGGGAUGGAAUUUUCGACGACAUUAAGAAUAAUUCUCAAGUUAAUGUGUUCCUAAAGCUUGCGUUGAAUUCGUUCGUAUGGAGUGCUAAGACGGUGGAUAAGAAUCAUGAGUUCUGGACUCUUAUUGGAGGUCGUCCGGUUAGAUUUUCACUCUUCGAGUAUGGUGAAAUCACGGGGCUGAACUGUGAUCCAUUUGAUCCCAAUGACAAGUUGGAAAUAGACCACAGUGAAAGGUGAGGAAGGCCCUAAUUGGCAUGAGUUAGAAGCGUUAAUGAAAACUUGCCAAGCAUGGACCUAUGAGAAAAAGAAGAUGGUGGCGUUGCUUUUCACUUUGCAUGUUGGCGUAUUGGGACUUCACCGCAACAGUCGAAUCCCGUUGGCUUUAGCGAAAACAGUUAUGGAUGAAGCAGCUUUUGAGAGACAGCCGUGGGGUCGUUAUGGAUUCCAUUAACUAAUUUAUUCCAUCAAGAUUGCUAAUUUGGGGGGACCACGAUACACUCUCCACGGAUGUGUACAGGCCAUGCUUGUUUGGAGUUAUGAGUGCAUCCCAAUAUUGGCAGAAAGAGCAGGAAAAAUACGCCCCGAUGCAGAUGACUCAGUUGUUCCUCUUCUUAAGUGGACUUCAUCACGAUGCUGAUAUUUUUUGAGACUCUUUUGGAGAUGUAUAAGAGUGAAACCGAGGACAACAAGCAUGGCAGGUUUGGGUUAGACAUCUGUUGGUGGUGAAGCCUUUGGAGAAAAUAUAUCCUGUUUGGAAAGGUGAACCCCGACUUGUAGACGUGGAUAUAAAGGUGCAUAACAUGAUAUGUGAUAUUCUGGAUGGAAGCUUGGAUGAGGUGUUCUGGGAAUCUCACAAAAAUGGAGGUGGUCUUGAUGUGUGGUGUCGAGGGUUGUCAAGUUUUAUCCUAAUUGAAAUCAAUAGCCGCAAGUGCACAGCUGAUCGAUUGUAGUACUUAGGGAUCGAAUCCACAGGGAAGGAGGAUCUUUUGCUGCAAAAAGCCUUUGAAAUAAGUUAAAGUAAGGAAGUCUAGAACAAAAACGG